GCACCCCUGCGCACAAUUGACAAAAAGUGACAACUUUGACAUUUAUUUAGGUUAUAACAAUUGCAUUUGCAAACCUCAAUUCCGCCCAUUUCCUGCCAUAAACCCGCAAUGGGGACCCCAGAAUGACUGUUCCUCCACUCCGGAGCACUCAUCAACUCAACUUACCGUGCCACAAACCCUAUGAAGACUAAUUGAGCCCCCGUUGGCUGGGCCAUGGACCGUCUCUCGCCGCAACCCGGGGGCUGUCCUCUCGUCCACCUGGGGCACACCUCAUCCGACUGCAACGAGAGCUUCGAACGCAAACAGUACUACCAGCCCAGCAGCCCCCUUGACCUCUCGUCCUUGUCACUCGGGAGCGGCUACUGGGGCUACAACGACGCUCCCAAGUACUACCGCGCCCCCUCGAAUUACCUCCUUGAUAAUUUCACCAAGUUGGGCAAGUCCAGCCCCAGUCUUGACCAGGGGUACCACACCCUGGGUUUCGCCCCGCCCGAAGGCAACAUAUUCAAAGGAAAGAAGUACCAGAACAAGAACAAUUCGUUCGACCGCUUGACCGAUGAAGUAAUAAUCCGGAUUUUUUCGUUUUUGUCAAGCAUUGAUUUGAGUAUUUGUGCCAUGGUUUGCCGCCGCUUUAACAUCCUAGCGUGGGUACCCCCUUUGUGGCGGAUCAUCAGGCUUGAGGGGGAGCACGUCCGGGGGGACCGGGCCAUAAGGGGCAUCCUGCGCCAGCUCUGCGGCCAGAUGGACACCUGCCCCAACAUCGAGCGCAUCCAUGUGACUUUCGGGGCGAAAAUCUCCGACAAGAGCCUCCUGAUGUUGGCCCGCAGGUGCCCCGAACUGACCCACUUGCAACUGAUCGGUUGCACGGUCACCAACAACGCUCUCUUCGAGCUCGUCACACGCUGCACAAACUUGCAACACUUGAACGUAACAGGUUGUGUGAAAAUCUCCUGCAUUAGCAUAAAUCCAGGGCCGGACUCGUCGCGCCGCCUCCAGCUCCAAUAUCUGGACCUGACCGACUGCUCCGCCCUCCAGGACAGCGGCUUGCGGGUGAUUGUGCACAACUGCCCCCAGCUGACCCACCUGUACCUCCGCCGCUGUGUGCAAAUCACGGACGCGGGGCUCAAAUUCGUGCCCAGUUUCUGCACCGAUUUGAAGGAGCUGAGUGUGAGCGACUGUGUCAACAUCACCGAUUUCGGACUGUACGAGCUGGGCAAGCUCGGCCCCGUCUUGCGCUACUUGUCGGUGGCGAAGUGCCACCAAGUGAGCGACGCGGGGCUCAAGGUCAUAGCCAGAAGGUGCUACAAGUUGAGGUAUUUGAACGCGAGGGGCUGCGAGGCUGUCUCUGACGACGCUGUUAUUUUCCUGGCGAGGUCGUGCACCAGGUUGUGCGCGCUGGAUAUCGGGAAGUGCGACGUUAGCGAUGCCGGGCUGAGGGCUCUGGCGGAGAGCUGUCCCAAUCUGAAGAAGCUGAGUCUGAGGAGUUGCGAUCUUGUGACGGAUCGGGGGGUGCAAUGCGUGGCGUAUUUCUGCAGGGGACUGCAGCAGCUCAAUAUACAGGAUUGCCAGAUUACGUUAGAGGGGUACAGGGCUGUUAAGAAGUAUUGCAAGCGGUGUGUGAUUGAACACACCAAUCCGGGAUUUUUCUAAGCCAUUUUAUGUAUUUUUAUAUUGAGAUUGUUAACUAUUUAUUUUUGUAUAUUUGUAUAUGCUAAGAAUAUUUUUUAUUAAAUUUUUUACUCUACUA